AGUUAAUCUCGCACAAGCGCGCCGUUGCGUCCGCUCGCGUUUCUCAAGCGCAGUCAAUGGAGUCGCUGCGCGUUUCUGGAAUUACUGACAUUUAUGAAUAUUCAUUAAUAGAUCGGUUUAUAAUAAUCAAUCUCAGUGGUUUGUAGUCGGAUUGCAGCGUUUGUUUAAUGACAGUAAGACGCUCACGUGCGUGUUUAACACGGCGUUAAGAUUCACUGCGGCCUGACGAUUAAAUCUCUAUUAUUAAAAUAUUUAAAUAUUGCCAUACUUCAGUUUUCAGUCUUUAAUUAAGCGUGCGGACUCAUGUAAAUAUGGCAGAAGAGGGAGCGGUUGUAAUGCAGCAGAUUGUGGACAGGAGUUGUUGGGUGUGUUUUGCCACAGAUGAGGAUGACCGUACGGCAGAGUGGGUGCGUCCGUGCCGCUGCCGUGGUUCAACUAAAUGGGUUCAUCAGUCAUGUCUCCAACGCUGGGUUGAUGAGAAACAGAGGGGCAAUAGCACCGCACGUGUCGCCUGCCCACAAUGCAAUGCUGAGUACCUCAUCGUGUUCCCUAAGCUUGGGCCGGUGGUGUAUGUGCUGGAUUUGGCAGACCGGUUGAUCUCGAAGGCCUGUCCGUUUGCUGCUGCUGGUAUCAUGGUGGGAUCGAUUUACUGGACGGCUGUUACAUACGGAGCCGUGACAGUCAUGCAGGUUGUGGGUCAUAAGGAAGGUCUGGAUGUGAUGGAACGGGCUGAUCCUCUCUUCUUGUUGAUUGGCCUGCCCACCAUCCCAGUUAUGCUAAUUCUAGGGAAGAUGAUUCGCUGGGAGGAUUAUGUGCUCCGCCUCUGGAGGAAAUACUCCAAUAAGCUUCAGAUCCUAAAUAGUAUCUUCCCAGGUAUCGGCUGCCCAGUGCCGAGGAUCCCGGCGGAGGCCAGUCCGCUGGCCGAUCACGUGUCAGCCACACGCAUUCUGUGCGGCGCCCUCGUGUUCCCCACCAUCGCCACCAUCGUGGGUAAACUGAUGUUCAGCAGCGUCAACUCAAAUCUUCAGAGGACUAUUCUGGGUGGCAUUGCGUUCGUGGCUAUCAAAGGGGCGUUUAAGGUAUAUUUCAAGCAGCAGCAGUAUCUCCGACAAGCUCAUCGCAAGAUCCUCAAUUUCCCCGAGAUGGAAGAGGCCUGAGCUCGUCAUCAAACCUCUGCUCGAUUCCAUCCACGUCAUUCUGAUUUCACGCAGCUUUUGAGAGACACUACCGCGCCACACUACCAGACAUUUUCACAAACGCUGGAUUUGGUUUUCUCUACCUUGUGAAUGUGACUAUUGCGUUUGGGGCUUGAACAGUGAUUCAGCUUUGUUUCAUUUGAUAUAAUCAGACCUGGGAGUUGUGUGUUACUCAUUUUAUGGGCAGUUUGACAUUUUAAGAAAGAGACUGAGCAAAAAUAAAUACUGAAAGAAGGUUUUAUAUAAAUAAGUGGCUGUUUUAUAUUGAAUUCGAAAUGUGAAUCAUCUUUAAAGCAUCCUUGACAUGUAAAAGACGACGUGCCGUUUCACAUGAAGCACUUUGCUCCUCUCAUUAACAAUUAGACUAGCGAAUGCAAUAGUAAAUACUAAAGGCAAACAUAAAUAUCUAAAGCAGUUAUUUUCUUGUAAUAAUAUUUUUUGUGGUUGUAGUUCUCCGAUGAGUUUCACAAAGAAAUGUCCCCAUUUUCUUAUAUUUCACCCCAAAAUUAAAAGAAAUAAAUUGUUUUGCAUAUUAAAAAGCAAGCAAAAGUCUGGACACAAUGAUUUUUGUUUCAAUUUGAAUUAAAUUUAGUACAUAUCAUAUGCUAUUACACAAGAUUAAAAUAUGUUUUGUAUGAAAACUAGAUUUUUUUUUUUUGCCUUCACAUUACAAAAAAUCCUAAUAAAAGCUCUUUUGUUAAUGCAAGACAAUUUUUUUUCCUGCCUGCCUGGUUAUUUUAAUGGCUUUACAAGCUUAACAGAAUUACAAAAACAAAGUGUAUUUACAUACAACCAAUAAUUAACAUUCACUUCAGUGGUGUAAGAUGAUUGGAUGCUUUCAAUUGAUUUCCUAUUGAACUGUCACCAUAAAAAUAUAGUGAAUUGAGCAACAAACUCUAUCAUAAUGCACAAUGUUUCUAUCUAACAUGCAUUUUGAGGUGCAGUUCGUCGCUUUAAUGGAGUGUUGUCUAGUUAGCAGUUAACUUCAGAGCAGGAUCAUCAAUCAUUUCGUGAAAAUAACCGCCUUUUGUAAAAAUCAAUUUUAACUCAAUUUUGGGGUGAAAUAUGACAGCUGCUGUGAAAUUCACCAUCUUGCCUGUCUUCACAUAAUUUAAGUGAUCAUCCGAUCAUGUUGAAUUUCCAUCUUUGUAAUGUUGGUGUUUGAGUUUCAGUAAGUCAUUUUUAUAGAGUCAGUUUAUUAAGGGCCCUGUAUAAACCGAGAAUCCAGUGUUUGGUCCUUAAUCAAUCGCUCUAUUAAAACAUAUGGUACCUGAUGCCUCAUAACUGCUGUUAAUAAACCUGUUUCCUCAUAUAUUCCCAGACAUAAAUAGUCUUGUGUAGAACAGUGAACUUUAAGAGUAUUAGUGGCCUUUUUAUUACACCAGGACAAUGUACGUGUCUUAAAGGUUACAUGGUUCAGAUCUGGUAAACAUGCCAAUUAUUCUUUUUUUUUUUUCUGAAUCAUUGUAUUUGAUGACUUCUUAUUAAUGUAGUGCAUCUGUUUUAUCUCCAGCCAUCAACAGCUGUGACGUUUUUGACUACAGAAAACAGUAUAAAUACAAUGCAUACUAGUACUGUGUUGUAAUGGCAGUACACUACAUUGUGCAGGUGUUUUAUUUUAAAGAGCUUCUGCAGUUAACUAAACGUAACACCUUAUUUGUUAUUGCAUUAGAGCUUCUUGCUGAUGAUAGGUGUAACCCUGAAAGGACAUGCUUAAUGGUGACGUAGUUGCUAAAAGAAUAGUUUAUGUACACCAACUGCACAACUAGCAGUAGCUGACAAGUUUUUCUGUUGCCUAAAUACGAUUUUAAAUUCUCACUUUCUUUUCAGCAUCUAAUUGUGCUGUAUGAUAUCAGUGAGGUAUAGUAUGUCUCCUGUUGUACAGAUGAAGCAUAAUGCCAAAUACAGAACACGUAUGUUGUAUAAAUGGAUGCUUUGUACAAAUACGGCUUCUGAAUUUAUAGUUUCCUGGUUGAUUUCUGUAAAUAAAUGUAUUUUUUCAAUGCC